AUGGCAGGCAGAAAUGACUCAUCUGAAUUUGAAGUUUUUUUUUACAACAUUGCUGAAAAAUUGACAUUUUCGAAGUCAAACGCAUUUAAUAUGUCAACUGACAAUACCGAAGAGAUUCCAUCUCAAUCAUUCUAUGUUCAUAAUGAAUUUCCAUUUGUCUUCAUUCCAACAACGCAUUUUGCAUAUGCCAACAAUCAUCCUCAAACAUUCAAUGAUAAUAAUCCAAUGACAAGCGAAGUGAUCAAAGAAGAAGAAGAAGGAGAAGGCGAGGAAGAUACAGCUGAUAAUCAAGUCGAAGAGAAUGAUGAACUAACUGAUCUUCGUAUCAGUCAACCGAAGUAUAGUCAAUUAUUGAGAGACCUUGAUUUCAGUGAAACAAGAAUGUAUGAUGUGACUAAACUGUUAUCAGAUGAAACUUCACAUUACGCAAUAGUCGAUGAAAAUCAAAAUUUAGAAUCUGAACUUGACAAUCAACAAUUUGCUUCGAAUAUCCAAUCGACGAUUAUUGAUCCGAUGAGAGAACAGGAGAAUCUCACUAAUAAAAUAUCUCAGGAUUUCGAACAUACAUCCAUACAUAUACCAGAGGGUUUAUCGGAAGAAUAUGAUAAUCACCCAGCUGUCCAUAUUCAUAUCGAAGAAAAAUCGGAAAACGAUCAAGAACAACUGCAGACUGAACACGAAAACAUCACAUUAUCACCGAAAUCCAAUCCAACAUUUCGUUUUUCUACGCAAAAUUCCACUCGUCUUCCAGAUGAAACUUUAUCAUCAAUUCCCCGGUUGAAUCCAAAUUCAUCCGUUCGCGUUGAAAAUCACGAGCAAACACAUGAAUUUCCAUUGAAUUGGAAUGAAUUACUUCAAGGUGCGGAUGGUUACAUGCAAUCACCCACGGUUGUUAUUAUUGCCCAACCAAUCGAUGACAUUCACAGCACACCGCCAAAACCACCACCACCACAACCGCAACAACAAUUUUCACCACCACCACCACCACCACUACCACCACAUGAAAAACCAAAACCAGUCUUUAAUACUUCUCCAAAACAACGACCUCGCCAUCGUAUUCGACAGUUAUCAGCAUCGUCGGAAACCGAUUCUGUUGCUGAAUACAUCGUUCAUCGAAGUAAACAUAAACUACAUUCUACAUCUCAACCUCAUCUUUCCAUCGAUGAGGAUUAUAGUGAUAGAAAUAUUCAUUUGAAACAAGUUUUCAAUGAUCGAACACGACCAUACACUUCGGCAAGCGAUAUCUUAUUUCGACGAUUAACUGCUCAGCCACCGGAUCGAACGAGUCCGAGUAAAAAGAAAUCUCAUCAUCAUCACCACCACCACCAUCAUCGAUCUUCUUCGUCACGACAUAUUAACCAGGAGGAUAAUAAUCAAUCAUUUAACAAUGAAACUUGGUUACUCAUGUUAGAAAAACUCGAACGGGAACAUAAAGAGCGUUUGGAGAAACAGCAGAAACAGUAUGAGAUUUACAUGCAAGAACUCGAAGAGAAAAUGAAACAACGUUUCGAAGAAUACCUCUCAUCCACAAACAGUUUGAAUCUACAAGAAUCGAAAUCCGAAUCGUUUGAUGCCGCCGCGCACUAUCGUCGUCUUCAUGAAUCGAAUGAUGAACGCUAUCGAACGACCGCUCAUCCUCAACCUCAACGUUCGUACUAUUCACUAGACAAACGUCCGUCAUUCAAAGCCGAUCUGUGCCGUUCACAAUCGCGAGAAGAUAUUUCCAUUGUACGAACGGAAUUAUCAGCCAAACAUGCCAAGCAUAUAUCAGACCUGAAGUUGUACUACGAACAUGAAAUUGAAGAACUUAAAAGUCAAUUAAACAAUCUCAAAAUGGGACAAACCAGUAGUACACAUAAUCGUCAAUCGUUAGAGACUCUUGAACGACUUACCAAUGAAAAUCUGCGUUUACAAGAUGAAAUGAAAGAUUUACGGCACUCCUUGAAAGUAUCAAAUGAUGAAAAUACAAAUCUGAAACGGCAAAUCGAGGAUUUACGAAAUCAGAUGAAUACCAAAGAUCUGGACUUCAAAACUCAUCAACGAAGGAUCAAUGAACUUCAGAAACAGAUAGAUGACGAGCGAAAUUUAAAAGAGCGGCAGGAUGAAAAGAUCCGUUUUUCAGAUAAACAAGCUUUACUCUAUCGGCAAGAAAAUGAAAAACUUACAAGUGAUCUCAAUCUUACUCGAGAACGUCUUUUGCGUCUUGAAGAACGCUAUCGAGAUUUAGAAAAUGAAACGAAAACAUAUCGACCAUCAGGUUUUUCAAGCGACAACAAUACACAGAGAAGUAUUGAUAAUUCCAAAUAUGGUGCAACAAUUCCUAUGAACAUUCCAACUUCACGAGAAUACGGACGAUUCACAGUGACCACCUCACGAUAUUCAACUUCCACAGUUACUUCGCCUAGAACAGGCAAUCGAGAUUCAUCAAGAUACACACCCAAUGAAUCAGAAGAUAUCUUCCGCCAUUGUAAUUCACCUCGUCCAUUACUGACUCUCAAUGAUUAUAUCAAUGAUAAACCGAAGUUUCCACCUGCAUAUGUUCCACCAACAAGACCUUUGUAUUCGCCACGAAAAUCCCCGCCAAACCUGCACUCUGCUGAUCAGAUGCCAGUAAGAGAUCUGAUUGAUAACCAAAUGAAACAGAGCGAACAUUUGGAAGAAAGGUUUGAUGAAUUAUUGAAGAAAAAACGUGAUUUGGAAGCUCGAAUUAAUCGCAUACCAAUGCGUGGAUUAACGAAAUCAGAUCGACAAUUAUAUGACGUCCUUGAACGUGAAAUCGAACGUGUUGAUCAACAGAUAUCAAGUGUUAAACUUGAACUACGAAAACUGAAUAUCUUACGAACACAUUGA